CUAGUAGCUAAAGGUACUCCGUACACCGUGCCUCGUACCUCAUGACUAAGGUCGACGAGUGAUAAACUUAUACUUCAUCGAAUUACCUACGAGGUAUGCAGUAGUUACUUUACUACAUCAUCAUCCACUGCCCUGCCAACUCUUACUUAUGCUGUACUUAUCCAUCUCAUACUGAUAAAGAGAUAAUCAAUCUUCCAAGCAAACUUGACCACCGCCCUACCCGCAUCCUAUACCUUCAUCUACUCCUCUACGCCAAUCAAACGUCUGCAAUGCCUCCAACAGCAGUUAAAAAAACCACAAAGCCAAUAUAUAGAACCGAAAACCCAUUCACCAAAACUAGCGUCCCUGCCAUUGGCCAAAAGCAUCAGGAUGCCAUUCUCGAUAUCCUAUGUGGUUUACUCGAGCCCCUGGGCCAGCAUCGUCAGACUCACCACAACCCAUCAAAGGGGAAGAAAAGGAAACUUGGAGGGAAACAAUCUUCUGUCUCGGCGGUGAACCGCGGUUCCUUCAAAAUGGAUACAUCGGCAGCGGUGGACGAUGCGACCCCACCACCAGCACCGCAGCUCUCCAACCACGUCCUCAUAGGCCUUAAUACCGUGACGCGGCAUUUGACCGCAUUGGCGCAAAAGCAGAUUCCCAGUCAGAUGCCACUUGACAAGUCUCAGGACGACCACCGAUCGGAUCUUCAAAUCUUGAAUGUUACACGCCACGCGGAAAAUGAUGGUGAUCCCGAGAAAAACCACGUAGAGAUGCGGUCAGACGAAGAAGGAGCAGCCCCUCCAAAAGACCACUACGCUCCGCUCCCAGUGGUCAUCAUUCCUCAUCCGACACCCUCUGCUUCCCUCGCUCAUGCCCAUCUCCCAACAUUGAUAUACAUUUCCUCCCUGGACACUGCGCAGCCCACCAGAUUAGUCUGUCUACCCUCAUCUGCGGAAACCCGAUUGGCUUCGGCUUUACAUAUACCACGGCUGGGUGCACUCGCUAUCAAGAAAGAUGCCCCAGGCGCUGGUCCUCUAAUACAAUACAUCAGAGAGCACGUGGAGAGGGUGGAGUGUCCGUGGAUUGGAGAAGGCCUUAGGGCAGAGUGGCAGGGGGUGAAAACGGAGAGGCAAACCUCGUGAUAGAUCGUAGAACGCGAGCUAAGUCCUCGAUCAGCAAACCCACCAUCUAAUUACCUUACGUACGAUACAAUAAUUUGAAAAGAAGUCUAUUCUCAAUGCUUAGAAGAGACGUGGAUAACACAUCAAAAAGUAGGUACAAUCCACGCUUCACGCUACCCUAGCAUGCAUACUGCACGGAUAGA